UUUACUAAUCUUGAAUUUUGGAAUUUUGGGCAUUCAAGUUUCAUUUUGUUUUUGAUUUGCUGUUCUUGUCAAAAUAACAAGUUUAACUAAGCACAAGCAGUUAUGAAUUAGAAACAGUUCAAUGUUGCCUUGAGUUAAAAUCUAUGGCUUAAUCUAAUAUGUUUACUAAUCUAUAUGUAUAUAUUUAUCUUUUAUUGCAGCAAAUGUUUUGAGUUUUUCAAUAUGUUUUCUUUUUCUUUUUCUUUUGCAUAUGAAAGUUUCCAUGCAUGUUUUUCUACCUAAUUUGUUGGUCAACCAAUUUACCCAAUGGCCCUUGAACCCUAAUCUCCUUCUCAGCCCAGAUAUUCAUUUAAAAGCUCAUCUCUAAGGGUCUAGUUAAUUGGUUGGAUUAUAUUAUAAAAUUGGAAUUAUUAAUUCAUAGGGCUGACCAUGAGUUAUUAGGGCCUAAGGCAAAUUUUUUAAAUUGGGUAUGCGCAAGCUGUUCUAGCAAUAAUAGCUAUGUAUGUAUCAUGUCUCUGUUUUCCAUUUUGUAUGCAGAUUACAAAAAUGGCUUUUUCCUCUAGUAACAAUAGCAACAUAAGAUUGAAACCAAGAUUGUGUGAUUGUGGGAGAACAGCUGCUAUACAUAUUGUCCGAACCAAUCAGAAUGGAAAUAAAGGGCGUAUGUACUUUGUGUGUCCAUCCAAAUAUAUUAGUGAGGAACACUGCAAUUACUUCAAGUUCGCAGAUGAUGAUGACGACGGCGUGAUCUCCAAUGCUACACCUUGUCAAUCUAUAAGAAGCGAAGAAUUUAACGAUCUAAGCACAAGGGUUUAUGAGAUGGAUAAUGAAUUUCAGGAGCAUGGUAGAAGGCUUCGAAGGAUGGAGAAGAAAUUGAAUGUCGUGCUUUAUGUCAUUGUAUUUUGUAUUGUUUUCUAUUUUAUGAUGUAAAUUACUGAGUUGAUAGCUUUUGGGUAAUUUGAUGGAUGUAGGUAUGGAUUG